CUUUUUUCCCCCACCUUUUUUCCCCCAAAACUCUAAAGCUGGCCGAUCCCCCCGGCCAUACUCCGAGUCUAUGCCUCAAGAUGGGAAAGCCUGGCGUUGGAGUUUGGACCCGCGUGGGGGAGUCAAGAUGCGGAUUGGUCGGAGCUGUGCUAAGACGAUCGUAACAUUUCCUCAACCCCAGCUUUUUUGUUUGGCUCGUCCCCCGGAUGAGAUCAUCCUGCACAUGAGAUAGACUAGAGUCGCCCCCACGUCGUCGGUUUAUGCCGUUGCUUUUGCUUUGGUCCUUCCUUUACCCCAGGAUUUGGGUGGAGUUGGUUGGGCAUGAUGGCGGUUGCGACCGUGUCAUCCUACGAUAGAUAGUCUUUCCCUUGCAUGGGUUGAAUUGUUUAUAUAGCGUUGACUGGACCCUGGGGUCACAUCCUUUUUUUUUUAUUUCCUACAUUGCUUCGUCCCGAGCAGAUUUAUCGUUGUUGCUGUGCUAUCGACGCAACAUCUCAUCAUGGACGACGGGAAGAUCACCGAUCAUGAAGUGAUGGGCGAGAAGGCCGAUAUCACCCACGAGGAGGUGAUCCAGGUGGCCCAGUUGACGCCCGAGGAGCAAGCCAUUGAGAAGAAACUGCGGCGGCGCAUUGAUAGUUUAAUCAUGCCGUUGGUUAUUCUCGUGUAUCUGAUGAAUUAUAUUGAUCGGAAUAACUACGCAGCCGCCAAGUUGCAAGGUCUGAUGGACGACUUGAAGAUCGAUGAUCAGCAAUACCAGACCGGCCUGUCCAUUCUCUUCGUCGGUUAUAUCCUAAUGCAGGUUCCGUCGAAUCUCCUUCUGAACUACAUGGGCAGACCGUCGCUCUAUCUCGGCUUUUUCACUACCGCAUGGGGCCUGGUGUCGACGUUGACCAGCCAAGUGAAGAGCUACGGGGGCAUCGUCGCGUGUCGGUUUAUCCUCGGUCUGGUGGAGGCUCCGUUCUUCGCCGGCGUGCUGUUCUACCUCUCCAAGUGGUAUACGAAGAAAGAGUUGGCCCUGCGCAUGAGUAUCUUCUACUCCGGCUCCUUGCUGAGCGGCGCCUUUGGGAACCUCAUUGCUGCCGGUAUCCUGAACGGUCUGCAGGGCCAUCGGGGGAUCUCCGCUUGGCAAUGGCUGUACAUUAUCGAGGGCGCCAUCACCAUGGCCGUCGGCUUGGCCGUGGCGGUGUUGCUCCCCGACUUUCCCGACACCUGGAAGCUGUUGUCGCCGGAGAUGAAGCACGUGGCCAACCGUCGUCUCGCCAUCGACGCGGCAGAGGCCGACGUCGACGAAGCCGGCAAGAUGAGCCAACUCAAGGGCCUGAAGCUGGCCUUCUCGGACAUCAAGACCUACGCGCUCGCCAUUGCGUACAUGUCCAUCACCGGCGCCAGCGGCUUCCAGAACUUCUUCCCGACGCUGACCAAGACGCUGGGCUACACCGAGACCAUCUCGCUGCUGCUGGUGGCGCCACCCUACAUCUUCAUGGUGGCGUACAGUCUCGGCCACUCGUACCUAUCGGAUCGGUUCGGCCGCCGGUUCUGGUUCUUCGUCUACCCCAUCCCCAUCACCAUCGUCGGGUUCGUCAUCUUCAUGACCACCGACGGCUUCGGGCCGCGCUACUUCUCCUUCUUCCUCAUGAUCUUCGUCUUCGCGCAGAACGGCACCGUGUACUCCUGGAUUGCCAACUCCAUCCCGCGCCCACCGGCCAAACGUGCCGCCGCGUACGCCUUCAUCAACUCGAUUGGCAACUCGGCCAGUAUCUGGACCCCGUAUACCUACCGCGACACGGAUUAUCCUUACUACCGGCCGGCAAUGGGGACGUGCAUCGGCCUCCAGAUCCUGGGGCUGGUCAUGGCGGUGGUGAUGUAUUUCCACCUGCGGACCUUGAACAAGCGGCUGGACCGGUUGGAGGACGAGGAGGUGACGCUGACGCCGAAGGAACUCGAGCGGUUACAGAAGACGGCGGAGAUCGAGGGCAUCAAUAUUGCAGCGGCGCGACGGUUGCAAAAGGGGUUCCGAUAUAUGAUCUGAUUAGGUUUGCGAUUGCGUUACCGUGUAGCCAGA